AUGGAGGAAUGCAAACGAUGUGUCAAGAACAGCAUUUCACCUCUUGCCACAAUUGCAGAACAUCCGCCCGCCAUCCUCUGCAAUUGGAACCUCGCUUUUCAAAAGCAUGCCGCGAACAUCCAUCUGCGGCUCCCCGACACCAAUAACUACGAUUUUCUCAAGGACUGCGAGGAGCCGCUGCAGCAGAUCGUACAGCACUUCACCAACCUUAGAACAUUACGACUCGAUUUUCUAGACGUAUCUACAGGCCAACAGUCCGCAUGGGACGUCGAUGAAUACUUGAUGCAUGAUCUCCUGUCUACUCCCCGAUCUACUAUCUGGAGCACCAUGAAGGAAUUCCAGGCCCCAGAUCGAUCUGCCGGAGCCUUGAAAGAAAUCGUCCUUACGGGCCUGCCUCAAAACGACUUAAGCUUGUAUGUCGUGAAGCAGUAUGCGCGAUUACUGGCUCCGAAUGGUAGAAUUUGCGUAGGAUGGGGAGUAAAGGGAAAGCGGUACGAAUUGCUUGGUGCACGGGGAGACGGUGAGGUGACUAAACGAGAGGAUUUGGAACUUCUAUGGAUGAGGGUGGAGGAAGUGGGGGAAUGGAUCGCAGGGGAGUGUUACAAGAAGGGCAGUAGGUGGUUGUGUACGAGGCAGAAGCCUGAGUCGAAAGCUUCAUGGUCUCAAUCCCCGCCCCUUCCAGAACCAGAGCAAGGUCAAGAGUCUAAGGCAUGGGACCAGGAGUUUUGA